AUGAGCAACUUUCAACAGGGCACAAAAUUACUCAACAAAUCUCAACAUCUGAUAAAGAGUUUUCAUGUUUCUCCGUUCAUAUCCCUCGUUUAUAAGAAUGAAUCGGGAGAGGUACAACAGAACAAAGUGGCCUUCUCAAACAUUUCUCAACAAUUUUAUGUUUGUUGUGCCGAUGACAAAAUUAAUAUUGUUGAGUAUUCAACAGGAGAACGAUUAUACACCAUACAGGCAGAUUCAAACGUGAAUUGUAUAUCAUUGAGCUCCGAUGAUAGAUUCUUGGCUGUGAGUUGUAAAAGUGGUCAAGUAACAAUUUAUAGCAUGAAACAGUUGAAGGCUUUGAGAACACUCCGAGUGGGUGUUGCAUCUCCUGUGAUACAUUUAGCCUACUCUCCUGAUGACACUUUCUUGGCAAUGGCUCACGGAGAUGGAAGUAUUGAUAUUUACUUGACAGCAGGUGUUCAAGAAGAAGAUACAACUCAGCAACAAAACUUUACUAAAUUAUUAUUCACCAUUAGAAAACAUCACCAAGCUCAAAUACAUUUAAUGAAAUGGAUUGACAAUUUGUGGUUAGCUUCAUGUGGAUUGGAUGGUGUGAAAAUUGUGCAAAUUGGUAAUGAAGAAGAUGAGAAUCGACCUUUCAAAAUUAUUGCAAAGCUUCAUGAUAACAGAAACGACAUUAGAGAAGUGAUUUUGUUGAAACAAGAGGAAAACGAUUCUGAGAGUAGGCCUGUUUUCCUCUUUACAGCUGGUUAUGGAUCUCUUUAUCAAUUCACUUGGGCCUCCAAUGCAUUCACUCUUUCAAAGACAAUUCCAAUCAAACAUUAUGUGACAAGUUUAACUGAAAUUAAAACAACGGAUGAAAAGUCGUUCACGCUCGUUGGUUGCUCACCUGUGAAGAAAAAGAACAAUUUAAUUAGGGUCACUAUUCGCAAGCCAUCAACUCAAGAAAAACAAUCCAAGAAAAAGUCAGAUAACGAUUUACUGGAUGACGGAGUUAAAGUCGAGUACAUACCAGAAAAGACAAUUAUUGGACUUUCUCAACUGUUUAAGUUGUCAGAUUCUGAGAUUUUUGCAGUUACUGUAGACUCUAAUUUUGCCAUUUUCAAACAGAUCACAAAGGACGAGAGCAACAAAGUUAAUUUAAAGAAAAAACUUGGCAAAAAAGAAGAUGUGACAGAAAUUGCCUCCUCUGGAUUAUUAUUUGAAAAGACAGGACAAAGACUAGGUUUCAAUGAUGAUGUCCUUGAUAUGGCUCUUUUUACCUCACGAAAUAUGUUAGCUAUUGCCACCAACUCUGAAAACGUUAUUCUAAUGAAUGUAAAGGAUGCCAAUCAAGAUCCUUUCGAAAUUGUUGGGCAUACUGAAAUGGUUCUUUCAAUGGAUCGCUCCAAAGAAAAAGACCAACGAUACUUGGUGACAGGUUCUAAGGAUAAAACAGUUCGAGUAUGGGACGUUUCAAAGUAUGGAAAUACCAAUGGUGACGAUUUCGUCACUCCAGUGGCUGUAGGUACAAGUCACUUGAGCGGUGUGACAGCUGUUUGUGUUUCAAAUCACAAGAGAAAAGUGAAUGACUCUGAAGACUUCUUUGUAUUCUCUGCUUCUGAUGAUGGUGUGAUCAAAAAGUGGCAACUCUCCAACUGCAACUUGUUGGGAACUACUGCUGAUUGUCAUAAGAAAACAGUCAGCGAAAUUGCAAUUUCUCCAGACGAUUCUUUAAUUGCUACAGCAAGCGCCGAUAAGACGGCCAAAGUGUUGGAUGCUAAUGAUUUAUCAAAAGUCGUUUUUGAAUUUCCUCACAAGCGAGCUGUUUGGUGUGUUAAAUUUUCUCCAGUUGACAAGGUGUUAGCUACUGGAUGCAGCGACAACAACAUUAGAAUUUGGUCCUUAAAAACAGGAAAUUGUGUGAAAGUGUUGGAAGGUCAUGACACCUCUGUAUUGAAAAUGCAAUUUUUGAACAACGGCUCACAAUUAAUUUCUGCAGAUGCCAAUGGUGUGGUUCGACUUUGGGUCAUCAAGACUGGAGAGUGUAUCAAAGUGUUUGGUGAUGCUCAUAAAGACAGAAUUUGGGCGAUUGCAGUGGAUCACAAAACCAAUCAACUCAUCACUGGAGGUGAAGACUCUGUGAUUAACAUUUGGGAAGAUAAUACUGAAGAAAUUAAGGAAGACCAACGAAAAGAAGUAGAUUUAUCUGUCAUGCAAGAUCAAGAACUUCGAAAUUUAGAAAGACAAGGAAAGAUGAAAGAUGUUUUAAAAAAAGCCAUUGAAUUGGACCGACCAAAACUCACCUACAGUACCAUUGAGAAACUCAUCAAGACCGAUGAAAAGAAAGUUCUAGAUGCUCUUAUUUUGGAAUUGCCCAAACUUCAAUUAAUGCAUCUAUUCCAAUAUUGCAUUGAUUGGAAUUCUAACUCAAAAUUCUCUCAAAUUGCACAACUUGUGCUCAAGACCAUGUUCGAUUUAUUGGAACCAUCCUUUGUAGAUAUUGCUUAUGAAAAAUCAGUGGAUGCCCUUACACUGUACAGUCAAAGACAUUUGAAGCGAAUUUCAUAUUUGGAACAAAAAAGUUUCAUUUUGGAACAUGCCUUGAAUCAAAUGAAUGCACUCACGCCUCUCAACAACAGCAAUGUCGAAACUCUGAAAGAAUUAUCCACAAAGAAGAGAAAAGAAAUGAGUACUAACAAUAUCGAUGAAGAAAAAGAAUCAAAAAAAACCGCCAAACAACCUUUGCAAAUUAAGACUGUCGAAGUGGUCGAUGAGGAUGUGGAAUUUUCGGAUUAUGACAUGGAUGGAGAAGCGGAUGAUGUAGAGGAUCAUGACGAUGAAAACAUAAAGCCAUCUCAACCAUCCCAGAAAAAGGUCAAACAAUAA